AUGGCUGGUAGGAGUAUGGCUAUCCUGUACGGAACGGAGACUGGAAAUAGCGAGGAGCUUGCUGGAGAACUCGGCAAGAUGGCCGAACGGUUGCAUUUUGAUACGGUGGUCGAUGAGAUGAAUAGGUUCAACCUGAAAGAUAUUUUGCAAUUCUCUCUAGUGAUCUUCGUCACAUCAACUACCGGUCAGGGCGAUAUGCCGAAGAAUGCAUCGGGGCUCUGGAAGAGUCUGCUACGAAGGAAACUGCCCCCGAAUUGCCUCCGCUCGAUGAGAUUUACCAUAUUUGCUCUCGGUGACAGCUCGUAUCCAAAAUUCAACUGGGCAGCAAGAAAGCUUCACCGGCGGCUAUGCCAACUUGGGGCUCUCGAGUUUUUCAAAGGCGGAGAGGGAGACGAGAGGCAUGAUGAUGGCAUCGACAGCAUCUUUGUCCCCUGGUACCAGGACCUGAGAGCAGCCUUGCUGGCAGACUAUCCCCUUCCUGCCUCGGUCCAGCCCAUACCAGAUGAAGUUCAACUUCCUCCCAGGAUCAUCUUGCGGUUGGCAUCCAAUACAGAGGAGCAUGUCACCAGCCAACCGCCAUUAACCCGCAAGAGGACGUCAGUCGACGCAGGUUCUGCCCCGGAUGAUUUGCUCCCAAUACCUGAUACUUUUAAGGCCCAUCUCGUAACCAACUCGAGGGUCACGCCUCCUGACCACUGGCAGGAUGUCCGUCUUUUGACUUUUCAUAUCAGAGAGGAGGAUAACGCAACGGCCAUCCCCAACCUCCUCCCUGGCUCCACUCUCGUCAUCUACCCGAAGAACUAUCCCGAAGAUGUUCAGCAGUUGAUCGACCUUAUGGGUUGGAACGGAUUAGCCGACCGGCCCCUAGAACGGGUCCCAUACGUCAAACGCACUGCUGGCCCGAACUCCCUCCCGCACAGCCUCCGGUCUCGUUUCUCCGGAGCGUCCAAAGUCCAUACCUGGGAUGGCGCCACGCUGCGAGACCUGCUAACCCACAACUUCGACAUCACCUCCGUACCGAAGCGCAAUUUUAUCAGGGAGCUCGCGGCCUUCACGACGAGCGACAUGGAGAAGGAACGGCUGCAGGAGCUCACCGCCAUGGGCAACCUCCAGGAUUUCUACGACUACACCUCGCGCCCGAGGCGCACCAUCAUCGAGCUCCUGCAGGACUUCCCUCAUCUCAAAAUCCCCUUCGAGAGGACCAUGGACCUCUUCCCCGUGAUCCGCGGCCGUGAGUUCAGCAUCGCCAACGGCGGCGUGAGCCUCCGUGCCGACUCUUCAGGCGACCCCGGCCGCGUGACCGUCGAGAUACUGGCCGCCAUGGUGGAGUACCGGACCAUCAUCCGCAAGCCCCGCCAGGGCCUCUGCUCCCGCUACCUCAAGCACCUCGCCGACGGCGCCACCCUCCGCGUCGGCCUCAAGACGUCCCCCUCCGGUCCCGCCUGCGACGGCCCCUCGACCGAGCGGCCCCUGAUCGCCAUCGCCACCGGCACCGGCAUAGCCCCCAUCCGCAGCCUCAUCCAGGAGCGCCAGCACGCCCGCUCGUCGGCGUCGUCACCGUCCCACCCGCCCGCCCCCACCGUCCUCUUCUUUGGCUGCCGCAACGAGAGCGCCGACUUCCACUUCCGCCACGAGUGGGAGGCCACCCCGGACAUGCGCGUCGUCCCGGCCUUCUCGCGCGACCCCGUCAGGCCCGAUGACGACGACGACGAAGCCACCGCCGCCGCCGCCAUGCCGCCGAUCCCCGACCCGGCGCCGGUGCCUGUGCCCGUGCCCGGCCAGAGCGCGCCCCCCGCCGUCCAGGCGCUCGCCUCCGAGAGGGGCAGGAACUACGUGCAGCACCAGAUCCGCCGGCGCGCCGCCGAGGUGGCGGCGCUCGUGGGCCGCGGCGCCAUGGUCUGCCUGUGCGGCAACGCCGGGCUCAUGCCCCUGUCCGUCAAGGAGGCCCUGCUCGACUCUCUGGUCCUUGGCGGGCUUGUCGGGACAAGGGCUGAGGCGGAAGAGUUCUGGCCCGGGGUCGCUUUCUGGCAGGAGACAUGGUAG